UCCUGUGUAAAAACGAUAAUACGGAAUUUUGCUAUUCUCGCUAUCGUAAUUCGUGAAAAAAGUGGAAAAAUAGUGAAUUUGCAAUCUUGCUGUGCACAGUUAUGUUCUAAUCGUGAUCGCAAAUCGUGUUUGUAUCAGUUUCAAUUUCAGGGUGUUUAAAAUCAAACGAAAAUGGCUUGCCAACCGAACGUACAGGACAAAAGCAGCUUAGAAAAGUUUGUCAAAAUUUUAGCCAUGAAAUCGGCGCAGAUUAUCGUACAGUCUCGGCUGGGUGAGAAAAUCAAAACCGAUUGUAAUCCUAAAUCGUCCGGCAAUGAUUGGUUCAACAUCGCAAUUGACGAUCAGUCGGACGUUCUGAAGGAGACGAAAAAAGUGCUCGACGUUAAUCAGCAUGAGUCGAUCGUUACACGGCUCCCGUUGUGCGUAGAAAUAUCCCUCCAAACGGUCGAGGGAGAUAAUAUGAUUCUGGAAGUUUGGUCUCUCAGUGUACAGAAAGACCAGUGCGACUUGCAGAUACGGGGAACACAUGCGAUCUAUAACCGUAUGGGACUAUUGCUUAAAUCGUUACUCUCAGUUACACGUUCAACGCCAGCGUAUAAACUUUCCCGCCGUCAAAGUGCGGAUUCGUAUCAAAUUUUUUACCGGAUUUACAUCGGUGAACCGCAGACUCAUCAGUUGGGCGAUGGUCACAAGCAGUUACGUGUCGGACAGUUGUGCACCCAGAUCGGAACGUUAGACAUGGCAGUAGCCUACCGCACCAAGAUGACAAUCUCGCCCACGCAAACCGGACGGGACAAUACAAUUAUGCUGAAGAGCGAUCACUUCCUCAAGGAUAUCAGCCCAAAGCACAUUCGCUAUAACAAGAAAAAUGAAAAGAAAAUUAUCGACUUGGACAAACCAAUGCGCUGUGGUGCCUUCGUUGAUGCCUCCCGCGUCAAACAAUACACCGAGGAGGACUACAUUCUACCGGACACGCCACCCUUCCACUGGUUGGCUCACAAACCAAAGGAUGACACCAGUUCGCUCAAAAGUGGCACCGACGAGGACCGGCUUUCGAUCAAUUCACCCACGGCGGAUGAAAAUUCGUCGACCAAUGCAAACCAGAACAACAACAACAACAACAGCAAUGCCAUCAAUAACCUCAACAACAUGAACAACAACAGCAACAAGGGUUCGUUUGAAUCGGCCGGAGCGAUGAACUUCCGGCUGUCACAGUCACCCAAGAGUGGCGAGUCGAACAUGAGUGCAGCGGCAGCAGCAGCAGCAGCUACGGUAACCGGUGCCGGGGGUAACUCACCGCCAGCUUCGCUGACCGGAGAAUUUCGGAAGUCUUCGCGGUGGUCCGUUCGGCAGACCGGACCGGAGGAUGAACGGUUGCUGAAGGAAUUGCAUUUCCCGUUCGCCGCCACCAACUCCCCGAUCGGUGAUCUGGCCAAGUUCUACCGCGAGUGUUUCAAUGCACCCCCACUGCAGGAGUUCAACCAGCUGUCGAACGUGAUCUCCGACGUGGACGAUGAGGAGGCCGCGAACGCAGACGAUGCCGGCCGGAUACUGACCGGUGCCACCGACGGUGGUGACGUUGACGGGGACGAUGUCGACGAUCUGACCCGACAGCUGGAGCAGUUCGAAACAUCGCUGCCCGAGUUUGAAACACUGGUGACGUCCCUCUGUCAAACGGUGGAUAACAAUUCCAACAGUUAGAGGAAACCACCAGCCGGAGACUGAAGCCGGGGAAGCGUGCUGUUGGGGAUGGGGUGGGAUUUUUCUUAGUCGUUUCGAAGAAAAAAUGUCGACUGAUUGAUGAUAUUCAUCUAUAAACCAAUGUAUUUUGUUUGUUUUUUUUUGUAUAGACUUAGGGAAGGUAGAGUAAUGUUAAUUGUUAAGGAUAUCAUUUAUUUCGGGGCAGGCAGUUGUGUAUUAUAGCUAACGGAGGAGAAAAGUAGGUAGUUUAGAACAACUAAUUGCUGUAAAUAAUUUGGAAAAUGGCCUUUUUGGAUGACGGUUUUUUGGAGCAGUGAACACUGCUGGAUGUUUUUUUUAUGUUCUAAGGGGAAAACUAAGAACGGAAUACUAAAGUAAUACACAAUUUUGAAAGAAGAUAAAACAAAGUUCCUUACGUUUAUCACCUUAUUUCGUUUUAAUAUGGUUAGUAUACAUCCUCGGCGUAUUUAUGGGAUUUUAUUUAAGCAAGAGGAAUGUUUUUCUAGCUAGUCUAAAAUACCUAACGAAACCAUUCUUAAAACUUUCUCCAAGUCAUACAUGUAAAUAGAACAUAUGUUGCAUGAUUAAUUAGAGCGAAAUUGACAAGAUUUUUCUAUUUUUCUGGCAAUGAAAAUGAACCUGAAACAAAACAGACAUGCCUAAUUUCUGGAUACGAGACGAAAAAUGGCAGACUUGGACAACUUUUUUGCCAUUUUGCGUCAAACAAAAAGAAACAACAGUGUUUGAUCGGUUUUGCUCUUCUUAAUACUACGCAAGUUGCUAGUUUUAUGUUUUUUACACAUACAGAUGAUAUUUUACUUCUAUUUUUACUUCUUACAAGGAAAAUAAACGUAGAUAUAAGCAGAGCUUUAUAGCUUCACAGCCAUUGUUUCGCAUAUUUUUUUUAAAUUUAAUUUUUAAGUCUUUAUUAAUACUAUGCAUAUUAUGCGUCCUAAAUUUCGCAUAUCAAUCAAUAUUAGACGGUAGGGAAAAUAUCAAAAUCAAGGCCUCCCAACAUUUUUUUAUUUAUCGCUCCAUUUCCAAGACUGAAUGGAAUAAGUUCUACCUUUUGCACUAAUCGUUUCUUGAUUUUUACCGGCAAUCAAAAUCUUAUAAUCGAACAAUUGAAAAGACGCAAGAACGGUCUGAAACGAAGUAACUUUCCUUCUAUAAAUUAAUCAAAAAUAUAUUUAUUAACGCUUGUAAACAAAGUUUAAUUGGAUAUUGUUACGCUGUUGAUCAUCAGGUUGAAAUUUUUUGUCAAUACUUAUCACUUACAGUUUAAGUAAAAUAAUGCUAACGAGAAAAGUAAGAGCAGCGAUGAAGGAGACACAUAUAGUGCUUUAUAAUCACUGAAAAAUGAAACCAUACACGCAUAAGAACAGGAAUCAUUUUUUUUUAUUUAAAAAAAACAGCAGCUACUGAAGCGCAUCUUAUUAUUAACACUAAUGAGCCUGUCGCUAGCCAUAGCAUAACAUCAGAAACAUCGUAUAAAAUGUCUAACGAAACCAUAUAGCAUUGUACCGGGAGUUUGCGCUGUCUCGGCACGAAUAUUGUCCGAAAAACAAAGGUUAUUUUGUAUUUAAAAUUCAUGCUACAUACAGAAAUUUGAAAAAAAAAAUAAUACUACAACUUCCAAAAGACUACAUUAUGCCCAAAAUAAAUACACCUCUUUUUUGGUUAAACAGAAA